AUGGAGGUCAGGGGUCCAAACCUGCAAAAUGACGGCGAGUCGGGGAGGCCCACUCAUCCCCGGGGUUUCCCGUCCGGCGAAGCCGGGAAAAGCAACCACAACACGGGGGGACGCUACGUGGACUUCCGGGUGUCUGUGGUGCUUCCUGCGGGCGGCACAGGGGAGAGAACCGGGCUGCUGACUCCUAAGCAGUUCUGCUCGUUUCUGGGAAGGCCCCUCAUAAGCUACACCAUCCAGGCUUUCGAGAGGGUUUCAUGGAUCCGAAGCGUCGUGGUCGUCGUUGCAAAAGAAAACAUGGACCUGAUGAUGGACAUCAUACAGAGGUUCCAGCACCAGAGGGUCCGGGUGGUGCCCGGCGGCUCGACUCGCCACAGGUCCAUAUGCAACGGCGUCAUGGCCCUGGGCGAGGGGGAGACGCCGGCGGCCGACCGGCCCGAGGUGGUCAUCAUACACGACGCCGUGCGGCCCUUUGUGGACGAGGACUUCCUGCACAAGAUAGCGACUGCUGCCAAGGAGCAAGGGGCAGCCGGAGCGAUCCGACCCCUCGUUUCCACGGUGAUAGCCACCACCUCCGAGGGCUACCUGGACCAUUCUCUGGAGCGGGUCAAGUACAGAGCCAGCGAGAUGCCGCAGGGCUUCACCUAUGACGUCAUCCGACAAGCCUAUCAGAGGUGCACCGAGUCCGACUUUGAGUUUGGCACCGAGUGUCUCCAUCUGGCUCUGCAGUACUGUGGCACCAAUGCCAAACUCAUCGAGGGCCCGCCAACGCUGUGGAAGGUAACCUACAAACGGGAUCUGGCGGCUGCCGAGUCCAUCAUCAAAGAGACUCUAUCUCGGACGGCCUGCCUGAUCACGGGAGGAUCGGCACCUGCCGUCGCACUGGCCGGCGCCCUCCGAAAGGCGGCGGGAGCUCUGGAGAUGGAGCUGGAUGUGGUCCCGGAUCUGGCGGGAGACAACGGCGGGUAUUUAUUAAAGGAGUGGAACUUCAUCCAGGUUUCGGUCAGCCGUCGGCUGUCUGAGGUGGAGGCCCUGCUCGCCGCUCUGGAGGCAGCGAAUCGGGCCGUUCUCCAUCCGCCGGUGGUCAUCUGGGUGCACCUGAGCGGGGCGGGGGAGUCGUCGGCCGGCCCGGAGCCCUCCGCCUUCUGGGACCUGGCCUCCAGAGCCCGGCUCCGCAACGUUCUGCUCUACGGCCUCCGGCUUCACCAGUCCAAGGACGCCGAACGGUGGGAGAGGUCAGUGCUGAGGGCCGCUGAGAUCGCCUCAGCCCUGAUCCAGGGAAGGAGCCCGGCCCUGGUGGGACAGCUUCUGCAGGCCUGA